ACCGACGGCCAAACAUAACGGUCGCUAGCAACGGCGAACGCGCGCGCGCAUACCCGAGUGGACUGAGCAACUUCGCGCGCAAUCAAAACUCGCUAAGUGAUACAACGAUCGGGAUCGGAACCGGCGCUUCACGAUGGCAUUCAACAAGGAUGAGAUGAACGCACCGAGCUGGAUGAACCGAAGCUUCUUCGAGAAGGUGUUGCGCCAUGCGGAGCGCAACAGUGCGCUAACGGUGGACGAGUUCCGCAUCCUGCCCGGCACCAAGCCGGGCGAUCACUUUGCGAGCGUGAUCUUUCGCGCGAUCGUACGCCACAGCGGAUCGGCGGACGAGGUGUCACUGAUCGUGAAGACGCUGCCCUCCGAGGAGGGCCUGAAGAAGGACAUCCUCAAGGAUGGGUACGUGUUCGAGACGGAGACGCUGAUGUAUACCGUCAUUGUGCCGGCGAUGCAGCGGCUGCUGCAGUCCGUCGGCGAUCACACCGUGCUGGGUGCGAGACUUCUUUAUCAUGAAAAGCUUCCCACCUGGGUCAUGGUAUUUGAAGAUAUCACCAAGCAAGGGUACGAGAUGAAGGUGAAGCAGUUGGAUUUGGAGGAAUCCAAAGUGGUCUUUGCCAAAGUGGCCCGUUGGCACGCGGCCUCCAUGUACCUUGUCGACACGUUGCCGGAAAUGAAAAAUCUUAACAAAGGCGUCUACAAUUUGUUCGAAGAAAAUCAUCAAUUUUUGCAAAUGUGGCAAAGCUGCAUCGCGAUGUUGGCAGGGAUAGUGAAGGAAAUGCCCGGACUGGAGCAAUAUUCGGAAAGAAUCGCCAGCAUAAAGGAGACCAUUUUCAAGCGUGCAUCCGCGAUCUACAACUACGACCCAUCGUCCUACGUGCACGUGCUGAACCACGGUGAUUGUCACUUCAAAAACAUGAUGUUCAAGCGAACGGAAGGGAAGCUGGACGAUAUUAUGCUGCUCGACUUCCAGCUCAGUCUGUGGGGAACGCCAGCGGUCGAUCUUAUCUACGCGAUGUACAACUCCGUAUCGAUCGACACCCGCGAAGCGCACCGUGACGAAUUGAUCAGUUUUUACCACGAGGAGCUUACUGCGUGCCUGACCAAGUUUGGCUAUCUGCGCAAACUGCCCACCCUGUUGGAGAUACAUUUAGAGAUGCUCAAGUGUGGUCAUUUGGAGUUCCUGCUCGCGGCCACCUUUGUGCCAUUCAUGUGCGUAGAUGCGACCGAAAUCAUGGACAUACCGGAGAACGGUGAAGGAUUCGAGAUGGAUUUUGCCGAAAUCGACAAGAUGAUGGAAAGUUUCAAGAAGUGCUUCCUGCACCCAGUGUACGUUGAAUUCAUUACGAAGAACCUUCCCAAGUUCGCUCACAAAGGUCUAAUAGAUCUGGAGUGACGUUGGGAAGCGAUGCGUUGCAGAGCUUGCGAGUAUUUAAGGGUUAAGUGCAAUUCACCCACCGCAGGAUAGUGAAAAGGAAGCGCACGCCCUAGUCGUACGGGCACAUUCGGUGGUAUUAAGCAAUAAAGUCCAAGGAUGAAGAGAGCCGUCCCACUAUA